CAGGAAAAUCAUCAUCAAGUGUGUGAUUUUGCAACCAUUUUUUUCUGCUGUUUCUGCACACUUUCAGGCUACAUUUCGCCAUGUUUCAGUUUCAUAAAGCCUCCUAAAGCCACUUUUCUACUAAAAAAAGACAGAAAGAGGAAGGUCACACGCCCCAAAGGGAGACUACACUAUUGGGAAAUAACAACAGAUGAGAGGACAUGGACGAAUCCAGCAGUCCAGCAGAGGAGGAGCAGGCUUUGAAUUACAGGCCGCCCCCUUGUCCAUCACCCAGCCCCCCAGCACAGAUUCAGCAGAGGAAACGGAAAAGACGAAACAUACAAGAAGGUUUUUCAUUUCAAAACCCCGGGGCUGUGGAAAGAACAGAGAGUUCGUUUUUUUUUUUAACCUAAACUUGUCCGGUUUUGGCUUCAUUGUUAGACCACGGACCCGCCCUUCCACUCCGUUAUUUCAACUUUUUUUUUUUGACCAUCUUUUCCCCAGCUGUUUGCAGCUGGCAGAAAGCACCCGCCCUGCUCGGGAAAAAGGGACCGAGAGUGACCGGAGGAGGAGAGAGAUGCCACCCGAACCUCCCCAGCCGCAGGUGAGGGAGAAUAUCAUAAAGUUCCUCAAGAGUUUUCUGGGACUCGUCCGGAUCCUACAGAUCGUGUUCGGAGCCGGGCUGUGGGUCACCAUCGCGGCCAACAAGUACGAGGGGUCCAUCCACUUCGCCCUCUUCGUCGCUGUCCUCUUCUGGCUCCUCACCCUCGCCCUUUUCUUCCUCACCCUUCUGGACAAGCAGGACCUCGUCCCGCUGCUGGGAGGGGAGCGCUGGUUAUGCACCAACCUGGCGCACGACGUGGCCGCCGCCGUGCUCUACUUGCCGGCCAUAGGGGUCAUGAUCUACAAGACGGAUCGCAACUCGUACUGCAACCUGGAGCUGUACAAGCACUACUGUCUGUACAAGGUCUACCUGACGGCCGCCGUGUUCGCCUGCCUGUGCUGCCUGUCUUACCUCCUGUCGGUUAUUUAUGGGGCGUGCAGGAAGUGCCGGGGCGAGCAGACGGUCAUCUGAUGAGACUGGAGGGGGGCUUGAUGGCAACCAGGAGGGAGGGAGGGCGACAUGGGAUCCUUUAGGGUAGGGUAUCCACAGCAAGAUGAGGAAUAGUUAACUUCACUGUAAUUUAACUCAACAGCUACUCUAAUCACAAGUUUAUCUCUUUUGUCUCCCCACACCAAACUUCUCCUCCGUGGUGGUGGUGAGUCAGAAUCAUCCAAAAAUCACUCUGUGGCCUUACAGUCAGUGUACCAAAGGGUUGCUGACAUGAAAACAUCCUAGUGGCCUCUGGUGCAGAGGCCUGUAGCAACCCUGGAAAGGAGUUUGAUUUGAAAUGUGUUAGGGGGGCAACGCACUGUAUGUCUUUAUUUGGGCACAACAAGUGCGUCUCCUAGUUGUGGUUAAGGCCACGCCUCCACUUCUUAAGGUCAUUAUUAUUUUUGUCCAGUAAUUUAAUGUCAUGAUUCCCACAUAAAGAAUCAUCAAAACAUUUCUGUAGGGACUUAUAGUGGGUAAACAGUCAGUUUUAGGUACAAUGCCUUAACAUCUGUUUUGUAGAUUUGUAUAACUGUCCAUCUAAAACAUCUCAUAGGAUUAGUACAGUUGUUCUCACAAGGGAUUAUUUUCAUAAUCAUUUUAAAGUAUAUAUUUUUAUGUGUUUACAUGUGUUUAUAUGACAGCAAACUAUACUGAACAGUUUCUGAUGGACUAAAACACUUGCGGAUAUCCAGCUCUGUUUUGUUUUGUUUUGUCUGACUUUGCAUACAGUUUUAUCAGUGGCUUCUGUCAGAAUGCUGUAUACUCAACAAGGUUGUGAUGACAACAACCAAAUAAUAUGGAUGUGAUUGGUGCUACAAUGUGUAUGCUGAACCUUUGUUCCUUAAAUGUUCAUUAUGUAAAGCCAAAGAGCAAAAAAAAAAAAAAAAAAAGAGCAAGAAUAAAGACCAAGUGAGUGAGA